UCAUUCCCAACUGAUCUCAUAGAAAAGAUCCGUCAGCUCUACAAAACACGUGAACGACGCCUUCUGCCCGUCCCUUGGUUGGACGAGUUUAGCUUUCAUAUCAAUGAUAUUUUUACCAGAUUAAAAAUCUUGGGCAAAGAAAAAACGCAAGGAGUACUUACUGACGAUAUAACCAAUAUGACUGCCAUCUUUAAUGCCCACGCAGAAUGCCAAAGGCCGCGAACAGUCUUGAUCGAAGGAGACCCGGGUAUGGGAAAAACCACUUAUUGUCAAAAGCUGGCGUACGAUUGGGCAACUAAGCAAGACAAAUGGGACCCGUCUUUUCCAGAGAUUGAAGUGUUACUGCUUCUCAAAUGUCACGAAAUUAAAUCUGACAUCUGGGAAGCUAUUGAUGAUCAAAUUCUCCCCGAGGAAAUGGACACUCAAGCUAAGGAAUGCUUCUUUAGAUUCAUUCGUGAAAAUCAGUCCAAGGUUCUAUUAGUUCUCGAUGGACUAGACGAAGCGGAUACUAGUAACCUCAAAAUGUUCCUUAACCUCAUUGAAAGGAAAGAACUCUCAGGUUGUUACAUUGUUCUCACCUCUCGUCAUGAGGCUGGAAGGAAUGCAAGGCGAUACUGUGACACUCUGUGGGAGAUUGUAGGAUUUACCCAGGAAGAUGCAGAAAGCUUUAUUCAUAAAUACUUUAAAAACGUUAGAAAGGAGCAUUUGGCCAUGAAGCUUAUAGAAAUGGUAUGGCCAGACGUCCGGUUGUUGGAGUCAGGACAAGCUGAAGAUCUGCGCGAUUUGACAAAAAAUCCUUUAAACACUUCUUUACUUUGUGUUAUCUGGGAGGAUUUAAAGGGCGUGCUUCUAACGAGCAGAACUGAAUUGUACAUUGACAUUGUUCUUUUUGUUUUGGAAAGAUAUGAACAAAAGCAAGGACUAUCGAGCGAGAAUGAAGACCUCUGGUCCGUCUACAAUAAAGACUUGAAAUAUCUCGGAAGAAUGGCGUUGGAGUCUCUUCAAAACGGAGAAUUGUAUUUUGAAGAACAUAAAUCAGGUGGUCGCUGCAUCGUCUUAUCCAAGAUCGGAUUCCUUUCACUUCAGCCUGCUGUCAGUAAGAGGAGAGUUCGUACGCGUUACGCGUUUCUUCAUAAAAGCUUUCAAGAAUUCUUUUCUGGUUUCUUUCUUGCUUGCCAACUUAUUGAAGGCGAAAUUAGCUGCGAGUCAGUAGUGAAAGACCAAAGAUAUGUGCGUAAACUAUAUCAAGUAUUUGCAUUCUUGAUUGGGAUACUAGUGUCCAAAAGUAAGAAAACGGCAGAAUCUCUCGUUAAAAGCAUGGCUGCAAAUAUCAAUUUCACAAGUCUAAAGUUAGUCAAAUUCGAAGCUACAGACUUUUCAAGACGUGUAUUAUUUGCUGUACGUAGCUUAUCGGAGCACGCAAGUUCACUUGAAACCUUAGGGGAGCACCUUAACCUUGCUCAAUUAAAUUUGAAGAACAGUCCGAUUGGCGAAUCUGGUGCUGCAUCUCUUUCCCAGGCUCUUGCAGUCAACUCCUCCUUAACUGCGCUGGAUUUGAGUGGGCACGGCAUUCGUGAGUCUGGUGCUGCAUCACUUUCCCAGGCUCUUGCAGUCAACUCCUCCUUAACUGAGCUGGAUUUGAGUAGGAACAACAUUCGUAAGUCUGGU